AUAUAUACUACAUGGACUUCAUCACGUCAAACCCACCUGUUUGUAAAUAAUGUUAAAAGCUUAAACACUCGUCUGAUUCAAUUCUCCUCUCUGUCAAAACCAACAUACCCAAUAUUCUUUCUUUUUCUUCGUCUCUACAGAUCCUUAUAAUCAUAUUAGCCACUUUAAAUUGUACAUAAAAGCUUCGUUUUUUCUAUACGUAAAGAGAGAAGGAGAGCUUUUUUGGGGGUUGAGUCGCUUCCUGUUCUUGAAUUUUGUUUGGGUAGCGGUUCCAUUUAUAGAAAACUUUGAAUUACGAUGGGGCCGCCUCUUUGCGUAUUGGUGACCGGUGGUGCUGGGUAUAUAGGGAGCCAUACUGUGCUGCAGUUAUUAUUGGAAGGUUACAAGACGGUGGUUGUUGAUAAUUUUGAUAAUUCGUCUCAUGUUGCUAUCCAUCGAGUUCAGAAACUCGCCGGUGAUUAUGGACGUAACCUGUCUUUUCACAAGAUUGACAUCCGUAAUAAGCCUGCAUUGGAGGAACUUUUUAAGUCAACAAAGUUUGAUUCUGUUAUUCAUUUUUCUGGAUUAAAGGCAGUUGGUGAAAGUGUGAAGAAGCCCUUGAUGUAUUAUGACAACAAUAUCAUUGGUACUUUAACUCUAUUGCAAGUUAUGAAUGCCCAUGGAUGCAAGAAGCUAGUGUUUUCAUCAUCAGCCACUGUUUAUGGAUGGCCAAAGGAGGUACCAUGCACCGAAGAUUUUCCUUUAUCUGCAGCCAAUCCAUAUGGAAGAACCAAGCUGAUGAUUGAGGAGAUGUGUCGGGACAUAUAUGCUUCGGAUUCUAAAUGGAAAAUUAUUCUGUUGAGGUAUUUCAACCCUGUUGGGGCCCACCCUAGUGGUGAUAUUGGUGAGGAUCCUCGUGGGGUUCCAAACAAUCUCAUGCCAUUUGUCCAGCAAGUAGCAGUUGGUAGGCUACCUACACUUACAGUCUUUGGAACUGACUACUCCACCAAAGAUGGAACAGGGGUACGUGAUUACAUCCAUGUUGUGGAUUUAGCAGAUGGACACACUGCUGCUUUGAAGAAACUCUCGGACCCUACAAUAGGCUGUGAAGUCUACAACUUGGGAACGGGUAAAGGCACAUCUGUUUUGGAGAUGGUAGCAGCUUUUGAAAAGGCAUCAGGAAAGCAAAUUCCUAUUGUGACAGCUGGGCGUCGACCUGGCGAUGCUGAGGUGGUAUAUGCAUCAACAGAGAAAGCAGAACGUGAAUUGAACUGGAAGCCAAAGUAUGGAAUAGAUGAGAUGUGCAGAGAUCAGUGGAAUUGGGCCAGCAAGAACCCCUAUGGUUAUCUAACCAAAGAUGAAGAUGAAGCCAAAGCCAAAUCCAAAUCCAAAGAAAAGUAACAACAGCUUUUGCAAUUACUACUUGCUAUUAAUUAGGUUUUAGUCCUAUCAGCUUUUCUUUCUUUCUUUCUUUCUUCUGUAAUUAAUUACUAGUUGGUUGGUUGUUUUUUUUAAUGGUUUUUGUCAUAGAAGUUAAGGUAAGGUAGCCCGGCUAACGCAGAAAGUAAAACAAGGUAAAAAAAAAAAAAAACUACUGUAGUUAGUCCAUUAUCUCGUACAAAUAGAUGGGUUUCUAGUUUCUUGUAUAUGGAAUAUUUAUGGUAUUUGUGUAGCAGUGGGUAGGGAUGUGGUGUCCUUUCUUUUAUUCCUUAUAUUUAAAAAUUAUUUCAGUAAAGAUUUAUGCUUUCUGUA